AGCAACUUUCUCAGGCUGUCUGAGCGGCGUGGGUUAUUAAUCUGAACAGAUCACUCGAAAUGCAUCCAACCCCAAGUGUCACCAACCCCAAUCGCACCAAGAAGGAAUUCUAUGACGACCUCCUUGAUGAGGUCAAGGCAUUUGUCGAUGGCCAACGAUUUUGGGUGACCAACCUUGCCAACGUCGCUGCUCUUAUAUACCACGGUCUCCACAGUUUGGAAGAGCAUAGGAACAAGCCUGUCAACUGGGCCGGGUUCUACGUAACUGAUCCUACCAACGAUCAAAAGCUUAUCCUUGGCCCUUUCCAAGGAAAGGUCGCAUGUACGGAAAUUCUGUUUGGCAAAGGAGUGUGCGGUGCAGCAGCAGUUUCACAAGAAACGCAGGUGGUGAAAAAUGUACAUGAGUUCCCCAGUCAUAUCGCCUGCGACUCUGCCUCCAACUCGGAAAUCGUUGUCCCACUUGUUCUUCCCUCUGGAAAAUUGAUUGGCGUCAUUGAUAUCGAUUGUGAGGAACUUGAAGGAUUCAAUGAUGACGACAAGGUCGGCCUAGAAGCAGUCGCCAAAGUCAUUAUUGACAGUUGUGAUUGGUGGUAGAUGGUUUGGGGAGUUUUUGUUCAUACUUAGAAUGAGUAACUUUGAUCAAGCGCCAUGUUGGUUUGAUGAAUAAUACUGUUACUUUUGCAAACUUUCUGAGAAUUGUGUUUUAUUUGUUGAUAUUGAUUAUGCUGCGAUUCUAGGGCACAUCAGACAUUCACCUGUCAAUGACAUGGUCGCACAUGAAUAACACCUUAGGCGAAUGGAACGUUCUCGCUUUGGGUUUAGCUUGUUUCAAUAUGACUAAAAUAAAGUGAAUGCAGCUGUGACCCUGCUUUCUCAGGUCUUCCU